UCUCUUCCACUGUGAUCACACAACUAUCUGUAACUAUUUUCUCUCAUUUUCUCAAACUCUUUAUUUUGUUUUUCUCUCUUUCUCAUCAUCUCGUUUUUCCAUUACAAUCACACAUCCAUUCUCUGAAAACUGAUCGGAAUCAUUAACGCACAGAGCUGGAAACAGAAAAGUUUUUCCAAUUUGCGAGGAAUUCGAACACAUGUUUGGUUGAUUGCUUUCUUUCUCUGUUCGAACUUGAAUUUUUAUCUGGAAGCUGAGUUACUACUCUCACAACAAUAUCAUUACAUGUUUUCUUUCUCCACAAUGCUCUUUCAUUAGCAUCUUACUGCCAAGCGUUUUAUGUUUCUACGUUUGUUGUGUCGCGUGACACGUUGACCUUAUGGUUAGAAAAUGAUCUUUUGAUGAAUCUCCACGUGUUUUGAAUCUGCUUUUUUUGUUUGUUUUUGUUUUGUUUUUUGUGUUUUUGUAUUUUUGUUUUUUUGGUGUUUAUGUGCUUCUGAAGAAGAUAAACAUGUUGUCAUGUAGGUCGAUCGGUGUUGGCUUUUUGUUUUCGUUGCAGAGGAUUUGGUUUGUAAAGUGAUGUUGAACUUUGUGAAACAAGAAUAAUCUGAAUUUCAUUGCAAUUAAACUGGUUCUGCGAUUGAGGGUUAAAAAAAAUGGCUGUUGAAUUAAGUCAUGUGCUUUCCAAACUGGAAAUGCUAUCCACUUCAGAUUAUGCAUCGGUAGUGUCCAUGAACCUAUUUGUGGCACUCCUGUGUGCUUGUAUUGUCAUUGGCCAUCUUCUUGAGGAGAAUCGGUGGAUGAAUGAGUCUAUCACUGCCCUUUUGAUAGGUCUUUGCACUGGUGUAGUUAUUUUGAUGUUUAGUGGUGGUAAAAGCUCGCAUCUUCUUGUGUUCAGUGAAGAUCUUUUCUUUAUAUACCUACUGCCACCGAUCAUAUUCAAUGCCGGGUUUCAAGUGAAAAAGAAGCAGUUUUUUGUUAACUUCAUCACCAUCAUUCUGUUUGGUGUUGUUGGUACAUUAAUAAGUUGUACCAUCAUAACUUUGGGCGUCACGCAAAUUUUUAAGAGGAUGCAUAUUGGUUCACUGGAGAUAAAGGAUUAUCUGGCAAUUGGUGCAAUAUUUGCUGCGACAGAUUCGGUUUGCACGUUGCAGGUGCUCAACCAGGAUGAGACACCUUUACUUUACAGUCUUGUAUUUGGCGAGGGUGUUGUGAAUGAUGCUACCUCAGUGGUGCUUUUCAAUGCAAUCAAUAGUUUUGACCUCAAGCAACUAGACCACAGAAUUGCUUUGCAUGUUUUGGGCAACUUCCUUUAUCUGUUUACCGCGAGCACUGUGCUUGGAGUUUUGGCUGGUCUACUUAGUGCUUACAUUAUUAAAAAGCUGUAUUUUGGCAGGCACUCCACAGAUCGCGAGGUUGCUCUUAUGAUGCUAAUGGCAUACUUAUCCUACAUGCUGGCUGAAUUGUGGUAUCUGAGUGGCAUUCUCACCGUAUUCUUUUGUGGGAUUGUUAUGUCUCAUUAUACUUGGCAUAACGUGACCGAGAGCUCAAGAAUCACUACCAAACAUGCUUUUGCAACCUUGUCAUUUGUUGCUGAGACCUUUAUCUUCCUUUAUGUUGGUAUGGAUGCCUUGGACAUUGACAAAUGGAGGUUUGUUAGUGAUAGCCCUGGAAUAUCUGUUGCUGUGAGUUCAAUAUUACUGGGUCUAAUACUUGCUGGAAGAGCAGCAUUUAUUUUCCCCUUAUCCUUCUUAUCCAACCUGAUUAAAAAGUCGUCAAAUGAGAAAAUAAGCCUCAGGCAACAGGUGAUCAUUUGGUGGGCUGGUCUUAUGAGAGGUGCUGUUUCCAUGGCACUUGCCUAUAAUCAGUUCACCUUGUCGGGGCAUACUGAACUGCGAUCCAGUGCCAUCAUGAUCACCAGCACUAUCACUGUCGUGCUUGUCAGCACAGUGGUGUUUGGUUUGGUGACUCAGCCACUCAUAAGGUAUUUGCUGCCUCAAGGUCCACCUCCUAAACGCAAAAACAGCAUGUCAAACUUAGAGUCAUCUUCCCCAAAAUCAAUCACUGUGCCUUUUCUUGGAGAUGCGCAAGAAUCUGAAGCUGAUCUCGAUGGCAAUGAAAUUUCUCAUCCAAGCAGCAUCCGUGACCUGCUUACCACUCCAACACACACUGUUCAUCACUUAUGGCGUAAGUUUGAUAAUGCAUUUAUGCGUCCAGUAUUUGGAGGCAGGGGUUUUGUUCAGGUAGUUCCCGACUCGCCAGCUGAACGCAACGGUCCUCAUCAGUGGAAUUAAGAAGAAAGCAAAUAUAUAUGUAAAAUGUUUCUAAACUGUAAAUUUUAUGAAGAUCAACGCGUGCAUAAGAAUCACGUUAAGCUUAGUCGAGCUAUACGUUUUGCGUC